GGCAGUGCGGAAGCGGAAGAAGCUGCAGAGCUAGGAGCCUUCAGUAGGCCGGCCGGGUCCUGGGCUCCGGGCCGCCCGUCUCAAUGCCGAGCCCCCGGAGGAAUGUUGAGGGACGUCCGCUGGGCGCCUCUGUCUCGAGCAGCAGCAGCGGCGGCGGCGGAGGCCCUGGAAGCCCGACCCAUGGCAGCGGUGGCGGCGGAAGUAGCAGCAGCAGCAGCAGGUUCGAAUUCCAGUCCCUGCUCGGCAGCCGAGGGUCGGGUGCGGACCCCACCUGCACCCGGCUCCGCCAGUCCGAGAGCCCGGUGCACCGCCGCGGCUCCUUCCCGCUGGCAGGAGCCGGCCCCUCACAGGCACCACCUCCCCCCUUGCCUGAGGAGGACCGCAUGGACCUGAACCCGUCCUUCCUGGGCAUAGCCCUGCGCUCGUUGCUGGCCAUCGACCUGUGGCUGUCCAAGAAGCUGGGGGUGUGCGCCGGAGAAAGUUCUUCCUGGGGCAGCGUGCGGCCCCUUAUGAAGCUGCUGGAGAUCUCCGGACAUGGCAUUCCCUGGCUGCUGGGCACCCUCUACUGCCUGUCCAGGAGCGACAGCUGGGCCGGGCGCGAGGUGCUGAUGAACUUGCUCUUCGCUCUGCUUUUGGACCUGCUGCUGGUGGCCCUGCUCAAAGGGCUGGUCCGCAGGCGACGCCCAGCCCACAACCAGAUGGACAUGUUUGUCACCCUCUCGGUGGACAAGUACUCCUUCCCCUCGGGCCAUGCCACCAGGGCCGCCCUGGUGUCAAGAUUCAUCUUGAACCACCUGGUACUGGCUAUUCCACUGAGGGUGCUGGUGGUACUGUGGGCCUUCAUCUUGGGCCUCUCUAGGGUCUUGCUGGGGCGACACAAUGUCACCGACGUGGCUUUUGGCUUUUUAAUGGGCUACAUGCAGUAUAGCAUCGUGGACUAUUGCUGGCUCUCACCGCACAAUGCACCGUUGCUCUUUGCACUGUGGAACCAACAGUGACACCAUCUCAUUCAUUACGGCACCAGGAAAUCUAAAGGUUUCCACAUGCAAUCAUGCCAUCAUGCUGACAGAAAUCAGCAGCCAUUCUGAUUGUCCCUCUUAGGACAUUUCAGGCUUCCUUUGUGAUUUCAGGUGUCCUACCAUCUUGAUGGGUUGCUGGGCUGGAGCACAUGCUGGCCAUCACUGGUCACAGCCGUAUUACAGAAAGAAAAAAAAAAUCCCUCUAUCAUACAUUCAACAAUUGUUUGUAUCUCCAGGAAAACUGCGAAGAAACCAAGCUGGGUGAUUAUUAACAUUGCUGUUUUCUAAAAGUUGACAUCAGAAAAAUUGUGUUCUGUAGUGAUCCUAUACAUCAAUGUAUCACUUGUAAAUUAAACUUUGAAAAAGAAA